GCUUUCUCUUCUCAAUUGGGGAAACAGCUUAGACCUCGAAAUUUGGUACUUCCCCAUGCUAAAUCGGGCUAUAUUCAAUUUAUGAAUUCCAUUGUCCAUAAUGAAUUAACGAAUUUCUCUAAUUGACGAUCUGAAAAUGAGAUCAAAUGUGUUGAGAACGGCUCAAGGAGGGCUUAGAUGUCUGUCAAGACGACAAGUCUCUCAUAAACCCAAAGUUGCACAUCAAAGCUGUAGGAGUUUCAUAGCGACACCCUCAUAUAGGGAAGAAGAAAGAAAAUGGACGACACCUCUAGCUAAACAAUUGACCGAAGCAAUUAAUACAACAGGCCCAAUUCCUUUAGCUAGCUAUAUGCGCAUGUGUCUUACAUCGGAUACGGGCGGAUACUACACGGGAGCUAUAGAAGAGGGCCGAGAUCAGUUUGGCCGAAAAGGCGAUUUCAUUACCUCACCAGAAAUAUCACAGAUAUUUGGCGAACUCAUUGGUAUCUGGUUCAUUGCAGAAUGGAUGACUCAAGGCCGGCCUCAACAGGGCGUGGAGCUCAUCGAAGUCGGUCCUGGUAGGGGGACGUUGAUGGAUGAUAUGUUACGGACCAUGAGAAAUUUCAAGGAUAUGUCUUCCAGCAUAGAGACCGUCUACAUGGUCGAGGCAAGCAAAGAGUUGCGAACUACCCAGAAAAACCUGCUCUGCGGCGAGGACGCCGUAAUGACAGAGUCGAAAAUAGGCUGGCAUAGCACAUGCAAGUACUCCGGCCUGCCCAUCGUAUGGACGGAUUCCAUCAAAGCCAUCCCCCAAGACCCCAACAAGACGCCUUUCAUAGUGGCUCACGAAUUCUUCGAUGCCCUACCUAUCCACGCCUUCCAAGUUGUUGAAGUACCGCCAAACCAGAAACCCGCGCCGACGGAUAGCAAUGCUACUAGUGUCUCCAUCUCGCGUCCCGGCUCCCCAUCCACCACCGCUUCAUCCCCCUACCAAUGGCGCGAAAUGGUCGUCUCGCCCACGCCCCAGGGAACAACGCAUGCGGACCUCGGAACGCCCAAGUCGCAGCAGCACGAGCCCGUGCCCGAGUUCCAGCUAACCCUCAGCCCGACCACGACGCGGCACGCGCAAUACCUACCCGAGACGUCGGCGCGGUACCAAGCCCUGAAAUCCACUCCAGGCGCCCUGAUCGAAGUAUGUCCGGACGCCUCCCUCUACGCCGCGGACUUCGCGACGCGGAUCGGGGGCACCACCACCACCACCUCCUCCUCUUCUUCCUCCUCAUCCUCCGCCAAACCCCAACCCUCCGGCGCAGCCCUGAUCCUAGACUACGGGCCCGCCGCCACCAUCCCCGCGAACACGCUGCGCGGGAUCCGACAGCACCAGCGCGUCUCACCCUUCGCGUCGCCCGGACUCGUCGACCUGAGCGCCGACGUCGACUUCACCGGCCUUGCCGAGGCCGCGCUGCUCGCUUCGCCCGGCGUCGAGGUCCACGGCCCCGUCGACCAGGCCUAUUUCCUCGAGACCAUGGGCGUGCGCCAGCGCGCCGAGAUGCUGGUUAAGAAGCUCGAGCAGACGCAGGACCAGACCCAGACCCAGACCCGGGAUACCGAGGAGAAGAAGAGGGAGAUCGAGCGUUCGUGGAAACGGCUCGUGGAUCGCGGACCUGGUGGUAUGGGUAAGGUGUACAAGGUCUUGGCUAUCCUGCCCGAGAACGGGGGUAGGAGGAGGCCGGUUGGGUUUGGUGGGGAUGUGAGUGCUUGAUUAAGGGGCAUUUACAUGUAAAAGGGGUGGUUGGUGAGGAAUCGCUUGUACAAUAUCUACGGAAGAUAAAAGGCAAACAUUGAUUAGACCUGAAUAUAUAGCA